AUGCCCGUACACGCCAACGACGACCAGGAGAUUGCCCAAGCUACCCCUCGCAAGCGCCAGCGCAUGUCCCUGGACUUGCGCAGGCAGAUUGUUGCAUUGCGCGACGAGGACUUGUGCACCUUUCGCGAGAUUACAGACUAUCUUGAUGUCCCGGUCGCAACCGUGCACAAUGUGUGCACCAAGUUUCGCGAGACUGGUAUCAUAGAGCCUCGUGCCUCCAAGCCGCCCAAUCGGACAGUCGUGACGAGGGAAAUGGAGGAAUUCCUGGCGGAAGAAAUCGACAAGGACUGCGCCGUGACCAACGGCAUGCUGGCCGACAAGUUGCACGAGAAGUUUGAUGUGAAAGUCAACGCGACGACAAUCGGUCGGCAUGUCAAGCGCAUGGGCAUUGAUUUCAAGAUGAUCUAUGAGCAGGUCACUCGCAAAAACUCGAUGGCGGUCAAAAUGAAGCGCCAAGAGUGGUUUCAGGACUUGGCCAAUGCGAACAUUCCCCAAUCGCGCAUCUUCUACGUCGAUGAGUGUGGCUUCAACAUUAACAUGCAUCGCAGCCGUGGGCGUGCUCCGAAGGGCAAGCGCGCGCUCAAGAACGUCGAUUCCAUUCGUGCUCCGAACUGGACACUAAUUUGUGUGAUUGGCGAUACGGGUGUCGUGCACUACGACAUCCACCACGGCCCUGUCAACCAGCAUGUAUUCCAACGGACGAUGGCCAAGUUUAUUCACGUGCUGGAAGGUCGCGAACUUGAGCCACACACUGCCGGCGACUCCUUCCGCAACGACGAAGACCACGGCACGAGCGACGAUGAGAACGAUAGCGACCAGGCUCCAGAGCAAGAGCUCGAGGAUGAAGGGUCUGCCAAUACCGGCGCUGGGACAUCGAUGCAGCAUGCUGGACCAUCAGCGCAGCAUGCCGGCACAUUGACGCAGCAUGCCGCAGCCUCAUCCCCUUCGAAUCGUGCUGCAGCAGGUGUGUCGCUCCAUGCACAGCAACCUUUUACAGACGACAUCCAGGAUGAGGACAACUCUGCCGACGACGUUGGGCAGUGGUCUUCCGCAGCAGCAGCAGCAGCAAGUCACCCAGCAUCCUCCACAGGCACCUCUUCCCUGCGACAUCCAAUGCGGACGCGUCGUCUCCAACAACUUGUGCAGCCGUCAUCCCAAACUUCAGCCCGCGCCGCAGCACCCAUCCGCACAUCCACCUACACCUACCCUCCCGCUGUUGAAGCCCUAUGGACGAACGAUGCCGACGACGAUGAUGAUGAUGAUGAUGACGACGAUGAGGAAGCUUAUCACCCUUCCCAGGCUGAAUGCUUUCAAGACGAGGCGGAGGAAGGCAACGACAACGCAGAUUUGCUGAUCGCAUCGGAAGAGAAGUACGGCCGCUCUUUCCCGCGAGAUGGCAGAACGUACAAGGCGUGGAUUGUGAUGGACAAUGCGAGCUUCCACAAAACAGCCAGCCUGCGCAACUACUUUUGGCGUAGGAACUACCGUCUGCUGUAUCUUCCGCCGUACUCGUCAUUCCUCAACCCGAUUGAAUAUGUUUUUGGCAAGAUUAAAUCUUGCUUCAAGCGCACUCCUCUGAAAAAAGGCGAGAAAGUCCAUCGCCGCAUUGAAGAUGCUGUUCGCCAAGUGUCGGCGCAAAAUUGCAGCCGCUCCAUUGUCCAUGUCAGCAAGUAUGCCUUCCCUUGUGCGCAGCUCGAAGAUAUCAAGGAUUAA